CUCGACACAACCUGCCACCAUAACGGUGAACCUGAAGCCUCCCGUAGUCUCGUGGCCGCGCCGGACUGCCGGGACAACCUAGCCGAGCGCUCCCGCUGGCCGCUGCCUACAGUAAAGCAGCGCGCUGCGCCCGCCUCGCCGCCGCCUCCGCAGGGUCCCCGUGCCUUCUCGCACCGGCGGCACCGCUCGAUCUCUGCGUGACGGCGUGUGAGGCUGUGGGGUGGUAGUAGGGGCGGGCGGAGAUGGCGAAGCAUUUCGUGCUCAACACCGGCGCCAAGAUCCCCUCGGUGGGGCUCGGCACCUGGCAGUCCGACCCGGGCGUCGUCGGCGACGCCGUCUACGCCGCUGUCAAGGCGGGGUACCGGCACAUCGAUUGCGCCAGAAUGUACAAAAAUGAAAAUGAGGUGGGGAUAGCUCUGAAGAAGCUAUUUGAAGAAGGUGUUGUCAAGCGUGAAGAUUUAUUUAUCACAUCUAAGCUAUGGUGUGAUUGUCAUGCCCCAGAGGAUGUGCCUGAGUCACUAGACAAAACUCUGAGUGACUUACAGCUUGAGUACCUGGAUCUUUACCUUAUUCAUUGGCCAUUCAGAGUCAAGAAGGGCUCAGGCAUUAGUAACACUGAAGACUACAUACCACCUGACAUCCCAUCUACCUGGGGAGCAAUGGAGAAGCUAUAUGAUUCUGGUAAAUCUCGUGCCAUUGGUGUAAGUAACUUCUCAUCAAAAAAACUGGGUGACCUGCUUGCUGUAGCCUGUGUACCUCCAGCUGUUGAUCAGGUAGAAUGCCAUCCUGGUUGGCAGCAAACGAAGCUACAUAACUUCUGCCAGUCAACUGGCGUUCAUCUUUCUGCAUACUCGCCUCUAGGUUCACCUGGUUCAACAUGGAUGAACAGUAACGUCCUUAAGGAAUCCGUCAUCAUCUCAAUUGCAGAGAAGCUCGGCAAAACUCCUGCACAAGUGGCACUGCACUGGAACAUUCAGAUGGGUCACAGUGUACUCCCAAAAAGUGUGACCGAAGAAAGGAUAAAGCAGAACAUAGAUGUUUAUGACUGGUCUAUUCCAGAGGACUUGCUUGUUAAGUUCUCUGAGAUUAAGCAGGUUAGGCUUCUCAGGGGCGACGUCAUUGUUAAUCCCCACAGCGUUUAUAAGACCCAUGAGGAGCUCUGGGACGGCGAAAUUUAGAUGCAGUCAGCUUACGUUAGUGCCAGUCACUCUCACUGAACAUUAUUUUUUCACGAAUUUACGCUUAUCUAAUGUAUGGUGUUUGAGUCUCUUGAGCUCCUAUUCAAUGUAAUGAACCUGCUUGAUCAGCAGCAUCAUGUUCCCUUAGAAUUCGUAUUAGCGCUCCUCUGAAUAAUACUGGAUCAUGUCAUUUGUAUGCUUCGCCUCUGGCAUCAUUUAUCCCAUGCUACUUGUUUGUCUA